AUGUCGAGCCGGGAAUCCCACGCCCUCGCACCAGCCCCGGGGGCUAGGACAAGCCGCGAGCCGCUGGUCGCCAAUCACCGCGCGGUGGAGAGGCGGGCGCUUAGCUCCAGCGCGCUGGGGGAGCCAGCUGGCGCUGCCUUCGCCCGGAAUUACGUCUUUGUCACCCCAGUGGAAGUGGAUGAGGGCGGAUCGUACGUUUCACACGACAUCUCUCACGGCAGCCGUCGGAAACGAGCAGCACUGAGUGCCAGGAGCCGGCUGCACUACCGAUUUUCAGCAUUUGGACAGGAGCUCCACUUGGAGCUGAAGCCCUCGGCCAUGCUCAGCAGUCACUUCAGUGUCCAGGUGCUGGGGAAGGACGGCGCUUCCGAGGACCACGUCCCCACCGCCGCUGUGCGGCAAUGUUUCUAUCAGGGAUUUAUCAGAGAUGACAGCUCCUCCUCUGUCGCCCUGUCGACCUGUGCCGGCUUGUCAGGUUUAAUCAGGACAGGAAAGAGAGAAUUCCUCAUCUCACCAUUACCUCCGCUGCUGGCCCAGGAACACAACUACAGCUGGCCCGCUGGCCACCAUCCUCAUGUACUUUACAAACGGACAGCGGAAGAGAAGGUGCAGCGCUACCAGGGCCACCCUAGUUCGGGCCGGAAUGGUGCUGGUCACCCCACAAGCCACAUUUCCCAGGCACCCCAGAGACAAGAGAGAGAUUAUCAUCACCGAAGGUCGAAAAGGCAGCAUUUUUGUGGACGACGCAAGAAAUACGCCCCCAAGCCUCCCACAGAGGACGCCUAUCUCCACCUUGAAGAAUACGGGCGCUCAGGACGGCCCAGACGGUCAGCUGGGAAGUCACAACAGGGUCUGACUGUGGAGACCCUCGUGGUAGCAGACAAGAAAAUGGUGGACAGACAUGGCAAGGGAAACGUGACCACAUACAUCCUCACAGUCAUGAACAUGGUGUCCAGCCUUUUUAAAGAUGGGACCAUUGGAAAUGACAUCAACAUUGUUGUGGUGAGCCUCAUUCUUCUGGAACAAGAACCUGCAGGAUUGUUGAUCAAUCACCAUGCAGACCAGUCUCUGAAUAGUUUUUGCCAAUGGCAGUCUGCCCUCGUGGGGAAGAAUGGCAAGAGGCAUGACCAUGCCAUUUUACUGACGGGGAUUGAUAUUUGCUCCUGGAAGAAUGAACCAUGUGACACUCUAGGGUUUGCCCCCAUCAGUGGAAUGUGCAGCAAGGCCCGCAGCUGUACCAUCAACGAGGACACAGGGCUCGGCCUGGCCUUCACCAUUGCUCAUGAAUCUGGGCACAACUUAGGCAUGAUCCACGAUGGAGAAGGCAACCCCUGCAGAAAGGCUGAAGGCACCAUCAUGUCUCCCACACUGAUGGGGAACAAUGGGAUGUUCUACUGGUCUGCCUGCAGCCGACAGUAUCUCAAGAAAUUCCUUAGAUCUUUCUCAUGGGACAUUUGCAAAUCUCUCUGGUGCUACCGAGUGGGCCAAAGGUGUGCGACCAAGUUCAUGCCCGCGGCGGAGGGGACCGUUUGUGGCUCGAGUAUGUGGUGUCGGCGAGGACAGUGUGUAAAGUUUGGGGAGCACGGGCCCCGUCCCGUCCACGGUCAGUGGUCGUCCUGGUCUGAGUGGUCCCAGUGUUCCCGGACGUGCGGUGGAGGAGUGCGGUACCAGGAGAGACACUGCAGUGACCCCGAGCCUCAGUAUGGUGGCAAGUUCUGCCCAGGUGCUAACCGGAUCUACCAGCUGUGCAGCAUUCACCCCUGUCCUGAGAACAGCCUGGAUUUCCGUGCCCAGCAGUGUGCAGAAUAUAACAGCAAGCCUUUCCGAGGCUGGUUCUACCAGUGGGAGCCGUACACCAGAGUGAAAGAGGAGGACCGAUGCAAGCUCUACUGCAAAGCGGAGAACUUCGAGUUCUUUUUCGCCAUGUCCGGCAAGGUGAAAGAUGGGACGCCUUGCUCCCCGCACAAAAACGAUGUGUGUAUCGACGGGAUUUGUGAACCGGUGGGAUGUGAUCAUGAACUUGGCUCUAAGGCCGUCUUGGAUGCAUGUGGUAUUUGCAAAGGGGACAAUUCAACGUGCAAGUUCUAUAAAGGCCUGUACCUCAGCCAGCACAAUGCAAACGAGUACCACCCGGUGGUCACCAUUCCUGCGGGGGCCCAGAGCAUUGAGAUCCAGGAGCUCCAGCUCUCCUCCUGUUACCUCGCGGUUCGCAACCUCGGCCAGAAGUAUUACCUCAUGGGCGGCUGGAGCAUCGACUGGCCUGGGGAGUUCACCUUUGCCGGGACCACCUUUGAGUACCAGCGUCCCCCUAACCGGCCGGAACGCCUGUAUGCACCUGGGCCCACAAACGAGACGCUGGUCUUUGAAAUUCUGAUGCAAGGCAUAAAUCCAGGGGUGGCCUGGAAGUACACCCUUCCGAAGGCGGCGAAUGGAACACAGACGACCCCCCAGAGACACGUGUACUCCUGGAAUGCAGUGCAGUCCAACUGUUCAGUCUCCUGCGGCGGAGGGUACAUAAGCAUAAAGGCCAUUUGCUUACGAGAUCGGAAAACUCAAGUCAGCUCCUCGCUCUGCAACGCAAGGACCAAGCCAGCCACGGAACCCAAGAUCUGCAACGCUUUCGCCUGCCCCGCCUACUGGCUGCCCGGUGAAUGGAGUGAGUGCAGCAGGUCUUGUGCGGGGGGCCAGCAGAGCCGGAAGAUGCAGUGUGUCCAAAAGAAGCCCUUCCAGAAGGAGGAGGCAGUGUUGCACUCCUUCUGCCCAGUGAGCACGCCAACUCAAGUUCAAGUCUGCAAUCCCCAGGCCUGCCCUCCAGAAUGGAGCCUUGGACCCUGGUCUCAGUGUUCCAAGACCUGUGGGCGAGGGGUGAAGAAGCGUGAAGUCUUGUGCACGAGUUCUGCCACAGCCAGCCCCCUCCCCGAAAGCCUGUGCACCAGCCUCCCAAAGCCAGAGUGCCAGGAGGGCUGUGUGCUGGGCCGGUGCCCCAAGAACACCCGGCUGCAGUGGGUCGCCUCCGCAUGGAGUGAGUGCUCCACCACCUGUGGUCCGGGUGUGAGGAUGCGGGAACUGAAGUGCAGUGAGAAAGUCGUCCAGGGAAAGAUGAUAACUUUCCCAGAACGUCGGUGCCGCCAUAUUAAGAAACCCAGCCUGGAUUUGAAGGAAACCUGCGACCGAGGAGCUUGCCCAGCCCGCCCAGUGUACAAUCUGGCAGCUGCGUGGUACACGUCACCAUGGCAACAGUGCACGGUGACCUGUGGAGGAGGGGUCCAGACCCGGGCUGUCCACUGUGUGCAGCAGGGCCGGCCAUCCUCCGGCUGUCUGCUCCACCUGAAGCCGCCAAUGUUGCAAGCCUGUAACACAAACUUCUGUCCAGCCCCGGACAAGAGAGGCGAACACCAGUUGUGCGUCAACUUCUCAGAACCAAGCAACGCUGAGAUGGUGAAGCUCUAUACCUUUCUCAACAGCAAGCUCAUGGAGCAGAAGCUCACAGCGUGGGAACAAGUGGCCAUAUUCUCCACGGUCCUUUCCUUCACCAUCAGGGAUCUCUUAGCCAAGCAGCCAAUGGUGAGAGCCACAGAGUAUGUUCUCUGGAACCACGAAUGGGCAGUGAGCAUCCCCGUGAUGAUCCAGGAAGAAGAUGGUUCUGUGACUCUUCCCCGUGACCCCCACUGA